UCUGCGCUUCCCCUCAUUUUCCACCCCAACAUGUUGGCAGGGGGAACAGGAUCAGGAUGCUGCGCUCUACCCUUGGUGCGUUCUUGCCACCUCUCCGGCCAGCGCGCGCUGCCUCUGACUCAGCCUCAGCCUCAUCAUCAGCAUUUAGUUGUCUCCGUCUGAAGGACUUGGGAGAAGAGGUGGAAGAGGAACCGAAUAAUAAGCUGGAGCCCAGGAGCUCUCGCUCCAGGCUCUCCAACAGGAACAACAACAGCAGGAGGACUGAACAGAGCAACUGCUCCUCAUCUGUGGUGGAAACUAAUACCUCAGCAGUGACAACCUCCUCCUCCUCUGGCUUCCCUCCCUCCUUUUCCUCCCUCUCGGCUCCAAGAUCCAUGUGGCAAGAGGCAAUGAGAAGGAAGCGGUAUCUCCUUGACCGGGCAGGGGAGUCUGGAGAAGUGGAUAAAGGGGGAGGAAGAGGUGGUCAGAAGAGGAGGAACAGGUCCCCGGACUGGCUAUAUGAAUCCUACUACUGUAUGAGCCAGCAGCAUCCUCUGAUUGUGUUUUUGCUCCUCAUAGUGAUGGGAGCGUGCCUGGCUCUGCUGACUGUGUUCUUUGCUUCGGGACUGAACAUUGCGGACCAUGUGGCCUUUGUAAUCACUGUGCCCACGGCACUGGCUAUAUUCCUGGCUGUGUUUGUGCUUGUCUGCAUUGAGUCCAUCUUCAAGAAGCUUUUACGGGUUUUCUCCCUGGUCAUCUGGGCUUGCUUGGUUACCAUGGGUUACCUUUUUAUGUUUUCUGGCGGGAUCAUCUGUCCGUGGGAUCAGGUGUCGUUCUUCCUGUUCAUCGUGUUUGUGGUGUACACCAUGCUGCCGUUCUCCAUGCGGGACGCCAUCAUCGCCAGCGUCCUGACGUCUGCCUCUCACACCGUUGUCUUGAGCGUCUGCAUGUCCACCACAGCUGAUCACAUGGAGCCGGUGGUGUGGCAGAUUUUGGCAAAUGUCAUCAUUUUCCUGUGUGGCAACAUGGCCGGGGCAUACCACAAGCAUCUAAUGGAGUUGGCACUUAAACAGACGUACCAUGACACCUGCAACUGCAUCAAGUCCCCAAUUAAACUGGAGUUUGAGAAGAGACAACAGGAGCGUCUCCUGUUGUCUCUGCUGCCCGCUCACAUUGCCCGCGUCAUGAAAGCUGAGAUCAUCCAGAGACUGAAGGGUCCAAACUUUGGCCAGAUGGAGAACACAAACAACUUUCACAACCUCUACGUUCAAAGGCACACCAACGUCAGUAUACUUUAUGCUGAUAUAGUAGGAUUCACACGACUGGCCAGUGACUGCUCACCCGGAGAGUUGGUGCACAUGCUGAAUGAGCUGUUUGGCAAGUUUGAUCAGAUUGCGAAGGAAAAUGAAUGUAUGCGGAUUAAAAUCCUUGGCGAUUGUUACUACUGUGUGUCUGGCCUGCCGGAGUCGCUGCCGAAUCAUGCAAAAAACUGUGUGAAAAUGGGUCUGGACAUGUGUGAGGCCAUAAAGAAGGUGCGAGAUGCCACGGGGGUUGACAUCAACAUGCGCGUCGGCGUUCAUUCUGGGAAUGUCCUGUGCGGCGUGAUUGGACUUCAGAAAUGGCAGUAUGACGUUUGGUCCCAUGACGUCACGCUGGCCAAUCAUAUGGAGGCAGGAGGAGUGCCAGGGCGAGUCCACAUCACCUCGGUGACCCUGGAGCACCUGAAUGGUGCCUAUAAGGUGGAAGAUGGGGAUGGACAAGAAAGAGAUCCCUACUUAAAGGAACAUGGAGUUAGCACAUAUCUUGUCAUCAACCCAAAGGUCGAGCGUCGGAGCCCCCAGCAUCACUACAGACCCCGUCAUACUCUGGACGGGGCAAAGAUGCGGGCUUCAGUCAGGAUGACCCGCUACCUGGAGUCAUGGGGAGCAGCCAAGCCCUUCGCCAACCUACACCACAGAGACAGCAUGACUAAUGAGAACGGGAAGAUCAACACUGCUGAUGUGCCGAUGGGGCAGUAUCAGUUCCAGAGGAGAUCAGAAAGGACAAAAUCUCAGAAGAAGCGGUUUGAGGAGGAACUCAAUGAGAGGAUGAUCAGGACCUUUGAUGGGAUAAAUUCACAAAAGCAGUGGCUCAAGUCUGAAGACAUUCAGAGAAUAUCACUAUUCUUUCACAACAAAUCCUUAGAGAAAGAGUACAGAGCAACAACCUUGCCGGCCUUCAAAUACUAUGUCACCUGCGCCUGUCUGAUCUUUUUCUGCAUAUUCAUCGUGCAGGUCCUCGUCCUGCCAAAGACGACUAUACUGGGGAUAUCUUUUGGCAUGGCUUUUCUUAUCCUCUCCUUGAUCCUCUUCAUAUGCUUCAUCGGACACUUCAUGCACUGCAGCAAAAGCGCUUCUACUUCUUGGAUGUGGCUGCUCAGGUCAUCUGUCAUUAUUGCCAACAAGCCAUGGCCCCGCAUCACUCUCACCAUGACAACCACAGCUCUAAUUCUCAUAAUGGCAGUCUUCAAUAUGUUCUUCUUGGAAGACAAUUUGUUGCCUCCAGUUCCUAUUUACAAUUCAUCUAAUGAAACAUUAUUUUACCCUAAUGGGCAUCUUAUCGCUGGCAAAAACAACUUCUACCUUCCCUAUUUAAUUUACAGUUGCGUCCUGGGCCUGAUUUCUUGCUCAGUGUUCCUGAGGAUAAACUACGAGCUCAAGAUGGUUAUCAUGUUGACAGCAGUGGUGGUCUACAAUGUCAUUAUUCUUCAAACGCACGCCCCUCUGCUGGAUGAAUACAGCCAAUUUCUAUACAAGACUGAAAGCCUGGACAGACCGGGGGUUCUCAAAGAUCUGAAGACUAUGGGCUCUAUCUCCCUCUUUAUCUUCUUCAUCACUCUGCUUGUACUUGCCAGACAGAAUGAAUAUUACUGUAGGUUAGACUUUCUGUGGAAGAACAAGUUCAAGAGGGAGUGUGAGGAGAUCGAAACCAUGGAGAACCUGAACCGGGUUUUGCUGGAGAAUGUCCUGCCUGCGCACGUCGCUGAGCACUUCUUGGCACGCAACUGGAAGAAUGAGGAUCUGUACCACCAGUCCUAUGACCUGGUGUGUGUCAUGUUCGCCUCCAUCCCGGACUUUAAAGAGUUCUACACCGAAUCUGACGUCAACAAGGAGGGGUUAGAGUGCCUCAGGCUCCUCAACGAAAUCAUCGCUGACUUUGAUGAGCUGCUUUCCAAACCUAAAUUCAGCGGCGUGGAAAAGAUCAAGACGAUUGGCAGCACUUACAUGGCGGCCACCGGGCUGAACGCAUCACCUGGACCGGAGUACACAUCCCAGGAGCAUGACCGGCAGUACAUGCACAUAGGAACCAUGGUUGAGUUUGCGUUUGCCUUGGUGGGAAAGCUGGACGUCAUCAACAAACACUCCUUCAACGACUUCAAACUCAGAGUUGGUAUUAACCACGGCCCAGUGAUAGCUGGUGUCAUUGGAGCCCAGAAACCACAGUACGAUAUCUGGGGGAACACUGUGAAUGUAGCCAGCAGAAUGGACAGCACUGGAGUUCUAGGGAAAAUACAGGUGACGGAGGAGACAAGUCGCAUCCUCCUCACCCUGGGCUACAUGUGCUCUUGUCGAGGCAUCAUCAAUGUCAAGGGCAAAGGAGAACUCAAGACAUUUUUUGUCCACACAGAGAUGACUCGCUCGCUGUCCCAAGGGAAUGUAAUGCCUUAAGACUGUGUCAGAAUGUUCUGGAUUCAAACAGGCACAAAGAACAGACUUUCAUCUCAGUGGAGGAGGGUCGAUCUUCUCAUUGCUGUGGUAAAAGAAACGGGAUGUGAGGCGGAGGGUGAGGGAAUCGGAUCUGCACCGCGAGGAGGGGAGAGUCAGAUCUUACUUUUGCAUUGCAAACGACCUAUGCCACAGCUGUAGAAUACAUUUUGUCACUUAUGUAAUUGUAAGUGUAGCAUGUACAGCAAGUAGGCAUCCCUUGAAAAUAUAAUGUAAUAUGAAUGUCGGAGCAAGAAACGUCUCAAAUGGUCCAAAAUGAAUAUUCUGACUCCGUUCCGUGUGGCUAGUUUCUAUCACUAAACCCGGGGGCAUAGAACUGAACUCACUUUGCAGAUCUCUAUACAUUUUUGCAUACCAACUGAUGUAUAAUAAGAAGUAGAGAAGCAAAUUGCAUGGCAAUUUUCUGCAAAGCAUCGGUUUCAGAGAAAACAGCACAACGAUAGGUUGGUGUUAUAAAUAUAAGCAAGUUGGCCCAAAACUAAACCAAACGCAGAGGCCUCGUUUUUUUUUUUUUUUCUUCCUUCAACAUCUAACCUGGGACAAAUGUCCAGCUGUAGUACCCGUGUUCACACCUUUGGUUGCACUUGAGAUCCGAUCUCAGUUUCAUUCUCCGUAUGCGAAUAAACACCGACAUCAUUUGGGGUUGAAUGUUGUAACAGCUGCUGUCUGCAGUGGAUUACUACCUACAACUGUAUCACAACUGAGACAGGCUGUGAAGUCUCUCUCAUUGACUGAAGGCAGCACACGUGUUGUUAUUUAUUUAUUUAUUAUUUAUUUAUCCAUCUGUCUCAGCCCUGAUGUACAAAGCUCAGAUUAUAACCGAGCCCUGGAAGGUUCCUCGCGUGCUGUAAUUUCACCGCUGUGCUGUUGGAGCAGUGACAAAAAAAUCUCUGGUAAUAAAUUUACUAUUGAGGAAACGCGUAACUCAGCUCCGCACGGUUCCUUAUAUAUCAGCGUGGUGGCGUCAGUAAUGAACGUAACCACAUGCCGACAUGUUUAUUAAUGACAGAAUCGCACACUGUGUACUCACAUUAUUAAAUCAUUUCAUUUGUUAACUCUUUGUUUAGGUUUGUUUAAAAAACGAGCUGGUUAAAAACUACAAGGACAGAGUAGUUUCUCAUUACCAAUGAACAGACAUCACUUAUGGUGUUCUUUUCCUUUUUCAAGGCAACCACUUCUAAUAGGCGUUGUUUUUCCUGAAUAAAUGAGACUAAACUCUGCUGAACGGGCGGUCCUUGAUGUUACCCAGGAUGCAUUGUGUGUUCACAUUAGCAAAGGAAUACAGUCAAAUACAUUCCAGACCACCUCUAAACGUGGUCUGAGAUCGGGUCCAUUAAAUGUAACCUCAACACGUCCUCGGUGUGUCCACAACUGUACUUAAAGCUUUCCACGAGGUCAGAACGGGGCCAGACUGAUUUGAAAAUCGAAGCAAAUGACAAAUAAUAAAAGGGAAAAUGGCAUGACAAAGAUUUAGGUUAAAAAAAAAAAAAAAAAAAGACACAGCCAGCCAACAAGGUGUACAACGUGUACAUAAGUUCAUCAGCCUUGUUAGAAGCACGGAGUCGUGGAUGUAUCUUAAAGGCAGCGGGGGACUAUAAAAGGAAAACACAGAAUCUAUGAAUAUAUUGUGAUAUUCUUGCAGGGCCAGGUUUUCCAAAGCAGUCUUUUCACUUUCAUCAUCUUGUCUGCACUGACUGCGUUUACGGUUUUGAUCAGAUCUGUCAAUGCGUGCUGACAACAGAAGAUCUAGGGCCAGAUGCAUAAAGAUGCACAGACUUCAGAUCAAACUGCUGGGUAAAUAAGGAGAUUAGGAUGAGACGCCAAAUCUAAUUGCGUUACUUUUUGAAAUCUUCGCAUCAAUCUGAAAAAAGAAAAUGAAAUUAUAAAUGUAAUAUUAAGUGGUGAAUCAGAUCUCAUAAAGAUUGCGAUAAGUCUUUCUUUGUGCACAUAAAGCUUUAUGCAUCCGGCCCAUGAAAGACAUGGCACACGGAGAUGAUUUUAGUGUCGAGACUUUAUUUUGGGAAGUCCAAACCUGAUGUGUGUACAGGGUAGCAUCAGAGCGCGUAUAGAGUACGGUGGUUUUGUAAGAAAAGAAAAUUCUACCAAAAAAGUGUUUUGAUGUUUUCAUGACGCCAUUGUUUUUUGUAAAAACUUAAUAAACAUUUCUAUGUA